CUGGCUUUAGCACGGAACGGUUACUGUGAACCUAAACACUCGGCCUGCUGUGCAAACGACCAGGGAGGACAAAUUGUGGCGGGGCGGUAAUACGACACCUUCUGCCUGGGCCUGCUGCCGGCAGAGUUCCCCGGAAAGAAACUCUCACAGGCCUCUCAGCCGGCUCUACACCACUUUAGCUGGCUCUUAACUUCUCUUCUGGUGACAGGUCAUAAACAACAAGAGACUUAGCGGGACGUAGGUGUGGACGCACAGUGACUGCUGGAGUAAGUUGGACCAGACUAUUCUGACCUGAACAGUGCUGGCUUCCGACAACAUGCCGGGAGGACGGCUUGCUCUGGCGACCCUUCUAGUUUUUACGGUGCUCUCAAUACAGGUAGACAGGACGGCGACAGAGGUUGACCACAUGUCGCUGAUAGAGAUGAUACAGCAGGAAACCAUGAAAUGUCUGAAGAAGAUGAAUGAAACCUUUCUGCCCAAUGUGACAGGCUACUGUCCCGGCGGACCUGACUAUCUCGGUUCCUGUUGGCCAGAUGCUGCACCUGGUCAAGUCGUGACGUUACCUUGUCCCGAGCACAUCGCCUUCUUUAACCAUUCCAGGGUGGUGCAGCGGUACUGUGGAAACGGAAGCUGGAUCAUGAACGAUCUGAACCAGACCGAGGACUACAGAUUCAGCGGCUGCUACAUUCCUGAAGAAAAGCAGGACAUGACGGACCUGUACACGGUGCAGAUCAUCUACACAGUCGGGUACGCCCUGUCCCUGGUGUCCCUCACAGUCGCCGCCGGGAAACUCCACUGUAUCCGGAACUACAUCCACCUGCACCUGUUCGUGUCCUUCAUCCUCCGAGCGGUGUUUAUCUUUGUCAAAGACGCCGUGCUGUUCGGGGGGAUCGGACAGCCGACCUACAAUGACUUUAACGGAGACAGUAAGAUCGGGUGUAAGAUCGUAGUGACCCUUUACAACUACUUUAUCGCUGCCAACUACUUCUGGCUGCUGGUGGAGGGACUCUUCCUACACUCACUCAUCGCCGUAGGCUUCUUCUCCGAACGGAAGUACUUCCGGUGGUACAUGGUACUGGGAUGGGGGACACCCUGGUUGUUCAUGGUCCCGUGGAUUUCAGUCCGAGCGACACUCCAGGACACUCGCUGCUGGGAAAUCAAACAUCUUCAGUACUGGUGGAUCUACCGCGGGCCCAUCUUGGUGUCAGUUCUGAUAAACUUCAUCCUGUUUCUAAACAUAGUCCGGAUUCUGGCGGUAAAACUACGACAGGCCAAUGGAGCAAGGGAACAUUCCCAACAGUACAAGAAGCUGACCCGCUCCACACUUGUGCUGAUCCCACUCUUUGGAGUUCACUACAUCGUCUUCAUCGGCCUUCCUGAAGACGUCACGGGGCAGGUGAAAUAUGUCAGCUACUUCUUCGACACUUUCAUGAACUCAUUCCAGGGGUUAAUCGUGGCCGUCUUGUACUGUUUUCUAAACGGAGAG